CCUACGCCUCCGCUGUCUGUGCGACGCGCAGCAACAAAAAGCGAACAAGGAGGGCGACUGGGCGAGCAACCACAACCAAAACCCUAACCAACGCGAGCACCACUGUCCCUACGCCUCCGCUGUCUGUGCCACGCGCAGCAGAUUGGCGCCCGGAUCCAAUGGCGCGCUUAUUGCUGCUGCUGUAGCGCAGGGCGGCGAGGAGUCCGGUCCUCGGAUGCGGCCGAUCUGAGGCGGCGGCGAGGAGGACGACGAGGGGAUGUCGUCCGCGCCGGCGCCAGGUGGGGCGUUCGACCGCUACGUCCAGCGCGGCAGCGCGGUGGCGGUGCCGGCGUCAAGCGGCAGCACGGUUUUCAAGAGUGGACCUCUCUUCAUAUCAUCCAAAGGACUUGGAUGGAAAUCAUGGAAAAAACGCUGGUUCAUCCUCACCCGAGCAUCAUUAGUUUUCUUCAAGAGCGAUCCUAAUACCUUGCCCCAGAGAAGUGGUGAAGUGAGUGCUACUCUUGGUGGGAUUGAUUUAAACAAUUCUGGCAGUGUGGUAGUCAGAGAAGACAAAAAAUUGUUGACUGUCCUUUUCCCAGAUGGUCGUGAUGGUCGUGCCUUCACCCUUAAGGCAGAAACUUCUGAGGAUUUAUUUGAGUGGAAAUCAGCAUUGGAAGAAGCUCUAGCACAGGCUCCAAAUGCAGCUCUUGUGAUGGGGCACAAUGGGAUAUUUCACAAUGACACUUGUGAUGCAUAUGAAACAACAGCUCCAAAUUGGCGAGAGAAAAGGCCAGUCAAGUCACUAGUUGUUGGCAGGCCAAUUCUGCUUGCGCUCGAAGAUAUCGAUGGCAGCCCUUCUUUUCUAGAAAAAGCUCUGCGUUAUCUUGAGAAACAUGGGAUAAAGGUGGAAGGAAUUUUGCGCCAGGCUGCCGAUGUGGAGGAGGUUGAUAGGAGGCUACGCGAAUAUGAACAAGGAAGAACCGAGUUUGCACCAGGCGAGGAUGCGCAUAUUAUUGGUGACUGUGUGAAGCAUGUUCUUCGUGAGCUACCAUCUUCGCCAGUGCCUGCUUCUUGUUGUACAGCUUUAUUGGAAGCUUUUCGCUUGGAGACUAAGGAAGCUCGGAUAAAUGCUAUGCGUUCAGCCAUAUCUGAGACGUUUCCCGAGCCUAACCGGUGUUUGUUACAGAGAAUCUUGAAAAUGAUGUAUAAUGUUGCUUCUCAUACCAUGGAGAAUCGGAUGACCGCAUCAGCAGUUGCUGCCUGUAUGGCCCCUCUCUUGUUGCGUCCGCUUUUGGCUGGGGAAUGUGAGAUGGAUGAAGUAUUUGAUAUGGAUGGUGAUGAUUCUGCCCAGCUUCUCGCUGCUGCAAAUGCUGCAAACAGCGCUCAAGGCAUUGUCACAACUCUCUUGGAGGAAUUUGAGAUUAUAUUUGAUCCAAUUGGAUGGUUUUUUUUGCAGGAUAACCGUCUUGUCAGAUCUUGCCCAUCACCUGGGUCUCAGAUUGAAGACAAUGGCAGUGAAGCAUCAUCUGAUGAUGUAAAUAUAGACACAAAAGACAAUGGAUUUCAUAAUGCAGAAAAUGAUGUAGAUCAAGAAAUGGACGAUGACAAUGGUGCAGAACGUAUCCUUAGUGGAAAAUUGAGUGAGAGCAGUGGAUACGUUGGGAGCGACCUAUAUGAUUACAAGGUUCAUUCUGAUGAUUCAGAUGCUGAUUGCUCUGUUGAUGAUAAAGGAUUGGAAGAAAAGACAGAUUUAGGCAAAGUUCCAAAAAAUCAUUCAUCUGAAAAUGGUUCAAAAACUAUGGAAAUGCCUCUGAGUGAAAAGAAUCCUUCCAACCCAACGUUCGGUCAUGAAACUCCAUUGUCUAUGGGAGAGAUCCUUUCUUCUUUGGAUGGUGGAAUUACUUUACCUGGUAACAGUUCGGAAUGUUCUGGAGACAAACACUCGAACAAAACUAAUGGAUCUCACUCACAUGUGAAGCGCAGUAACUUUUGGGGGCGUAAUAAUGCAAGAAAGAGUCAGCAUUCAGAAUCAGUUGACUCAUCUGGUGAAGAAGAGCUUGCGAUUCAAAGGCUUGAAGUUGCGAAGAAUGAUUUGCAGAACAGAAUUGCCAAAGAGGCUCGGGGUAAUGCAAUUUUACAGUCGAGUUUAGAAAGAAGAAAGCAAGCACUACAUGAACGCCGUUUGGCCCUGGAACAGGAUGUGUCCAGGUUGCAAGAGCAGCUACAAGCUGAGAGAGAUCUUAGAUCUGCACUGGAGGUUGGGUUGAGCAUGUCUUCUGGACAGUUUUCAAGUCCACGUGCUAUGGACUCAAAGACAAGGGCUGAGCUUGAGGAGAUUGCUCUCGCUGAAGCUGACGUUGCGAGGUUAAAACAGAAGGUGGCCGAACUUCACCUCCUACUCAAUCAACAACACCACCAACAAUAUGGUCCAUCUCUUGGUGCAAAUGAUCGUUAUCACUGUAAUCCUGGCCAUUUUUCACAGCAAAAUUUUGUUCAACCAGGAUUUGACAUGAAGCUUGCGUUCUGCAAUGAAGAGAAGCACAGAAGCGAGGAGAGCUCGGUGGAUGCAUCUCAAUGGAGGAGCAUCAAGCAGCAUGUGCUACCUUAUGGUUCUUCAAGGCCACUGACCUGCAAGCUUUCCUUAGACGCAUCUUCAAGUGAUUCAAGAGGGGUGGAGGCAUCAACAAGCAUGCCAUCGGAGAGCGCUUCUGUGGUAAUCAAUAUUCCCAAGUUAGCCGAGGGUGUUGGAUAUGGGAGGCAGCCAAUGGUAGCAUCCUCCACUUUGGUAGAACUAACAACUAGGCUAGAUUUCUUUAAAGAACGGAGGUCGCAGCUGAUGGAACAACUCCAUAGUCUUGAUUUAGUACAUGGAUCUGCUUCUCAGAGUUUUCCGUACAAGCCGCCUUCUCCUUGGAACAGUCCAAGGUAGGAUAUGUUCAUUGUAUAUCCUGGGUAGAGGUUCUUCCAACAUCAUUUGGUGGUAGUGUGAAUUCAUUUUCCAUUCCUAAUACGGGUUCAGAGUUUUGUUGUCACGUUAGGUAGCUAUUUGAGUCUUAGUGUGCUGUUGUAGCCUCUUAUAUGUAAUGUGUCAAGGGGUGUAUUUAAAACAAGUUCUUCAGAGAUGUGGCGGCAUAUAUGUUUUUGUUUGGUGUGGCUGCUCAUAGGGGAUGGACUUGUUUUCUCCUUAUAAUUUGUAUGACCGUGUUACUCAUACAUAUAUAUUACUCCCUCCGUCUUGGAAA